AUGGAGGACCAGACAGAGUUCUUUAAUUUUGCAAAAGAUGAGUAUGAUAGGAAUGAUUCACAUCACAAGGUUAUUGGACCGAGGGUUUGUUCUUACAGUUUGUCAUUUGAUUAUAAUAAAUCAGAAGAAUGGUAUAAGGGAUCUUUAUCUUUCAAACGUGAUGGGAAACCGAUACCCGUGACAUUUGUAAAAGUUGACGGAGUUGAUGGGAUAGAUGCUACUAGUAGGGCAGAAUUAAUUUUUCAUAGGACUUGUGAAGUUGGUGCUGAUGUGGUUUUACGGCCUCAUAAGGAUUUGUUCAUCAAGCAGAAGUAUUUUUCCAAACUGCCUGAUCACAUAGAGAUAAGGAAGGGUGUAUCGUGUGUUUGUUAUGAUCGUUUUGAACCUCUCAAAGAUUGGGCCUACAAGGUUCAGUCGAAAGAAAUUGUUCCUUAUGAUGAUCAGCUUAAAUUACCUCUCCGGACUCCUGAUGACCGUCUUCAAGACUUUUGGCGUACAUCCAUUGGGGAUCUGAUUCGUGGUGUGCGUAGCAUUCAUGCUAAGGGCUUAUUCCAUGGUGGUUUGCAUAAGCAGUCCAGUUUUGUGUUUUUUCAUGACAAGCUGAAAGUAAUAAACAUUGAGGGAUAUUUGCCUGACUUGAGUCCCAGUGAUCAAGUCGAAAAUAAGAAAAAAGAUUUAAUGCAACUUAGGAUGAUGUUAGAUGUCUUGUUCGAGAGAUUUUUGGGGUCCGAAUAUUCAUGGGAGGAAUGUAGUAGCUUCUUCAAGUUCUUCGACCAGGCUGUGUGUUUGGACUAUCCUGAUUGUGUCGAGAGAUUGGCAUCUCAUCCGUUCUUGUUAAGCUCUGAAGAAAGGAUGGGUAUGUUUGCUCGUUAUCGUCGUAAGUGGGAAAAGGUUGCUACACAUACUGCAGUGAAAAAAGCUUUGCAAUUAUCCGAUUUUGAUAGGUUCAAAUCCUGGAACUCUACUGAAGUCCUUGGUUCCAUGGAUAAUUUUAUAAAAAAAUCUUAUGACAGUCAUUAUGGGAACUACUCUGGGGAAGUGGUAGACCUUCUUAGUUUCUUGAGGAAUUUGAAUAAUCAUUAUCACCAGUUAAAGGCUUUCUCUGUUAAUGUCGUAGAUGUGGACCGUGGUGUUCAGAAGCUGUUUCCUGGGUUUUUGGAGCUCCUGUCCAAUGGAGGGAAAUUUGUUUUGCGAAUUGAAGAUACGGAUUUGGAGAGGUCUGCUAAGGAAUCUGAAGAGAUUACUCGGACACUUGGCCAGGUUGAUGAGUGCUCAUCCUUGCUGCAGUUCAAGGAAAGCUUUGCAAUUAACAAGUCUGUUUAUGCAGAUCCUCGUUCUUAUCCGAAGGUUUCAUUUUGGACGCGAGAAGGAGAUGGGAAUCGGAGUAAUUGUUGUUCAUGGGAUGGUGUAGAGUGUGAUGAGGACUCUGGCCAUGUUGUUGGCCUUAACCUCAGCAGCAGCUGUCUCUACGGUUCUAUCAAUUCCAGCAACACUCUCUUCCGCCUUUUAUCUCUGCAGAUCAUAACCAAUUUGAGUGCUACUAUUCCACAGCUUCAAGUUCUGCAGUUGAGGUCAUGCAACUUAACUGAGUUUCCAGAAUUUUUAAAAUAUCAAUCCGAAUUGCGAGAGUUACAACUUAGCGACAACAACAUUCGAGGGCGAAUACCAAAAUGGGUGUGGAAUGCAACUAGAGAAACUUUGGAGACUUUCGACCUCUCUUCCAACUUCUUAACUGGAUUUGACCAAAAUCCAAUCAAUCUUCCAUGGCAGAAUCUAUAUGAUUUAGAUCUCCGGACCAAUAUGUUACAAGGAUCACUGCCAAUUCCACCACAAUCAAUCAGAAACUAUAUGAUCGGCAGCAAUUAUUACAGUGGAGAAAUUUCACCCUCAUUCUGCAACUUGAAUCAUUUGCACAUUCUUGAUUUGUCCAACAACAGCCUGAGUGGCAUGCUUCCACAAUGUUUGGGGAACUCCAGUGCUCUUGGGAUAUUGAAGCUGACGAAGAAUUCUUUUCGUGGCGGUAUUCCUCAAAUGUGUCCAGAUGACAAUAGUUUGAAAAUGGUUGAUUUAAGUUACAAUCAGUUACAGGGGAAGAUACCAAGAUCAAUGGCCAAUUGCACUCACUUAGAGUUUCUUAAUCUUGGAAACAAUCAGAUAAGCGACAUCUUCCCAUCUUGGUUAGGAGCACUUCCAGCAUUAAGGGCUCUCAUUUUGAGGUCCAAUCGAUUUCAUGGCAUGAUUGGGAAGUCUGCAACUAACCAAGACUUCCCAAAGUUGUGCAUCAUUGAUUUAUCUGACAAUGGUUUUUCAGGUGUGUUGCCCUCUAACUACUUAGAGAACUGGAAUUCCAUGAAAUUUGUUGACGAGAACCAGCGACCUUAUUUUGAAGUCCUUUCGAUGUCAGAUAAAUAUGGCUAUAUUUAUGAAUACUCAAUCACGACUUUCGCAAAAGGUGUUGAGUUGAAAUUUAAACAGACCCCUUAUCUUCUUAGAUUUAUAGAUUUCUCAAGUAACAGAUUUGAAGGAGAGAUUCCAGCAGGUGUCAUUGGGAAUCUAAGAGAAGAUUCAUACCAAGGAAACUCAGGUCUGUGUGGAAAGCCUUUGUCAAAGAAAUGUGAUAGCUCAAUAUCGCUACCGCCAUCAAUCUUUGAAGAAGAUGAAGAUUCUGGGUUUCAAAUUGCACUAGAUUGGUAUGUGGUUCUGCCAGGAGUUGUUAGUGGUCUAAUAGUUGGAGUGGUUGCUGGGAACUUUUGGACAAGCAAGAAUCAUGAAUGGUUUUUAGAGAAAUUUAGCAGGAAGAGGCAGCCAAGAGGCACACGGGGGAAGAGAGGACACAGAAACUAA